AUGCCUCUGGCUGGUCUUUCCCAACAACACACCCACGGAGAUUGCUCUGCACCUGGGUCCUCGGCAAAAGACUGGCAAAAGAAGCAACAUCUCGUCGACGGAGGGCGAGACUUGCCGCAUGUCAGCUGCGGCGAAAGACGGCUCCUAGACCCAAGCAGGCAAGAUGUGGCUGCGAUUGUGCUCGCGAUACAGCCGGGAAUGCCGUCGCUGCUGGACGUCGUCAGGGGACGGGACAUGUAUGUUGUACAUGAACCGUGCGACCCUGUCCUCUGGCCCCCUUGUCGACGGCCCUUUCUUUCUCUCCCAGUUGCACAACAUGGCGUGCACGUCAUCAACUGCCGCGACAGAAGCACCGAGAGGGGUGGCCAGUGGUGUGGAGAGCCUCGAGGGAGUGGGGGGAGACAUGCGCAUACUCCGUACAAGCCUGUCUACUUUGUACGAGCGUGUAUGCUGGGAGAAAGAAGCAAGCUUGCUGCAGGGGUCGUGUUCAGCCUGUCCAGCCGCAUGCUCUCAGCCCGGACCGGACAGGUGCACUGCCAGUGCAGAAAAAGGCGGCUGGAGCAGAACGAAACGCACCCAUGUGGCUGCUCGGAAAGCAUCCACACCUCGGCCGGACAGGAAGCUCUCUGUCAGCGUGUCGGGGCAUCCUGGACCCGACCGGUCUGCCCGGACAGGAAGACGGAGGACGGAACAUGGAAGAACGCGCAGACGACCCUCUGCAUGCACGACACUCGUCCCGAAGAGGUACAAGGGGGCGAAAAGUGGAAUUGCCACGACGGUGGGGAAAGCAGGGCUUUCCAGCACGUAUCUUACGAGUCGCUCUGGCCAUUCCUGGACACGAACCCCCGCGAAAGGCAACUCGCCGGCACAGGCACAGCAGGCGUGCCCAGAGCAAGGCUGGCUAGGCCGCGAAACACGCCAGGACUGGCCUGUCCCGUCCUUACGAACGCUUUACCCCUGUGGCAAAAAGCCAGGGAGAGAGAGCGCAAACAAGGCUAUGGCUACCCGAUUGGAAGCUCCACCCGUGCAACCGUUGGGCUGUCUGCACCCAAACGCAUUGCCGGCAAUGAGAACAGCAGCUUGCCCUGCCAUGACGGUGGCUGA